AUGGAAGCUAUCAAGGAACAUUGGGAUCUGAUACGACGUUUUUCCGUUAUAUUUGGCAUCAUGCUCGGCAUGUUUGUAACGGCACUGAAUACUACAGUAAUCGCACCGGCGAUGACUAUUAUAGCCACCGACCUUGGAUCACCAGAUCAACAAGCAUGGAUUGCCACUGCAUACCUCUUAGCAUUUGUGACAUGCCAGGCUCUGGCUGGCAAGUUCUCUGAUAUCUUUGGCAGGAAACCCAUUUUGCUUUUUGGGCUAUUCCUUUUUGUGGGCGGGUCAUUGGUAAGUGCCCUGACACCAAGCAUGCCCGGUAUCAUUGCCGGACGUACCAUCCAAGGCUUAGGAGCGGGAUGCAAUAUGGCCAUGUCAUUUGUACUUGUCGUCGAUCUAGCACCUAUCAAGAUACGACCACGUUUUCAAUCCGCACUUGUUGUCAACUUUGGUUUGGCAAAUGUUGUUGGCACGUUGAUUGGUGGUGUCUUCGUGGAUCGACUAAGCUGGAGAUGGGAUUUUUGGUUCAAUGUCAUCGUGGGUGGUGUGGCCUUUACUUUGGACCUAAUCCUCCUCAAAGAAACCGUGGAUCUCAAAGGUGUCUCCAUGAAAGCUAAGAUGAAACGUAUCGAUAUUAUGGGCACAUUACUUGUGAUUGGCUUUGUAUGUUGCCUGCUCCUUGCACUUAGUUGGGGUAAAAUGUAUGGGUGGGGUAGCGGCCAUUCUAUCGGGCCGUUUGUUGCCGCUGGUGUCGCUUUCAUUGUAUUGGCCAUUGUCGAAACUCGUGUAGCAAAAGAACCGGUGGUCCCCCCUGAUCUCCUGUUAAACCGAUCUGUCGCAAUCUUUUACAUGUAUGUCUUUUGCUUUGGCCUUGGAUUCGUCAGCACAUUGUACUAUGGCCCCAUCAUGUUCCAAGCUGUUUUUGGAGCGGGCAGUAUUGAAUCGGGUGUAAGACUGGUGCCCUAUAUGAGUUGUCUCAUUGUUUCAUCCGUAUCAAGCGGCAUGAUGCUAAACAAAUUUCCCUAUGUCAAGUUCUAUAUCGUGAUUGGUGCCAUUUGCAACAUCGUUGGAUUCGGUCUCUUUUACACAGUCAACGAAUACAGUAAUUGGGGCCAACAAGCGUGCUAUAUCAUGCUGUGUGGUUUUUCAUUUGGUCUCUCGCAACAGAAUUGUCUAUUUGGCGUUCAAACAUGUGCUCCCAAAAAGUACAUUGCUGUUGCAACAAGCCUGAAUCAAUUCUUUAUGAUGUUGUCAUGCGCAAUUGGGGUGGCGAUUUGUGAUACGUUGUUUCGAGAAUUCCUCAAGGAAGAAUUCAGCAGCCUUGAUCCUUCGAUAUUGAGUAUUGCUGCCAAGUAUGGUGCUGACUCUAAUUAUUUGUAUAUACGAGACAUGCCAUCCGAGUACCAGCAACCCGUCAUUCAUUUGUACAUGGCAGCCUUGCAUAAAGUGUUUACGCUCCCAUUGGUCGUCGCUGGUAUCGCUGUCAUUUGUGCAUUGUGCGCCAAGAACGUUAAAUAUGGUGCCAACAAACCACCUCAAUCCUCGACAGCUCAACAAGAAAAACCAACCACGGCACCUGAUCCACAAGAAGACAUUGAUCUCAAGCAGGAUGAUACGAACCGAACACUUGACAACGAGGAAAUCGAGGAGAAGAAGCAAGCAAGCAUUGUAUAG